GUGACGUGUGAUUAAAACUUGGGGCUCGAUCGAGAUUUGAAAUUGAUUGCAGCAAAAAGAUGCCGUCAAACAAGGGAAAGAAAAAGCAGAAUACUCCUGCAUCUUCUUCUACUAAGGAAGUAGAUACAGCGGCUUCUACAGCAGCUCUAGCUUCUAUGCUGAAGCAACUCUCUGGUAAUCCGGAAGCGUUAAAAGAGUUACUUGCGCAGGAUGGCAUGAAGGAGACUCUGGCGACUCUAUCGAAGACUCCGAUAGACGGCGAUGGAGAUCACGAAAAAGAGGAAAUCUCAGCUGCACCAGUCGAGAGCACCAAGACCAAGGCGGAAGUUGAUGCUGCCAAAAAAUCGCAAGAGCGAGUACCUGUUGUAAGAGAAACAACACCAGAGCCAUCCACUUCUAGGGGGAAUAAGGAGGCGUCGGAGGAACCGCAAACUGCGGCAAAGAAGAACAAUAAGCGCAAGAAGAAAACAGCCGCGAAGCAGGCAAAAGAGGCGACUCUUGAUGCAGUUGAAAAAAAGUCAGAAGACAAGGUGAAGGAAGAGCAAAAGGCCAAGACGCCUUCUCAAGACGCAGCCAGCACUAGUAGUUGUACACCGAAUGCCAUUGGUCUUGAUGGUGAUGCUCCUGGCGCAACAGUUGAAUCGACAGAACAAGCCGCUGUCAAAGCAAAGAAAAGAAAGCCUCGGAAAAAGAAGACGACUAGCGUCAAUGCUGAUCUGGCUGCGAUUAAAGCAGAAGUAAAAAAGUCGUUGACCACCGAGACCAGCAACUCGAGCAAAAAGGAGAGCCAAACAUCCAGCAUGCAAUUUAGCAUUGACACUUGGAAAAAUAACGGGAAAAGUGGUAUGAGCUUAUUGGAGCGAAGGAAGGAAUUCGCUCAAGAUCUCUUCAAUUUGGCGAAAGCAUCCUCAAUGAACUUGCUUGCGGACGAGACGACGUCACCAUCGUGUGAGCAAAAAGAUUGUUGCAAGAAACCUAGUGUGAUCGCGGAUCGCGAGGCUCGUGUGCGUCACGUUGCGGAACACGCCAAGUGCUGCAAAGCCACUGCAACGAGUGAGAAUGGUUCAUCUCUUGAUGUUUUCUCGUAUCCUUAUAUCCAGAAGAACAAGGAGAAAACGGACGAGACUAGAAGUAUGACCACGAAGAAUAACUCAUCCACGGAGAAGAUUUUGUUUGUGAAUAACGAGUACUAUGGAGGUGACGUCCAUGACAGUUUCGAGGUGGUGCCGAUUCCGGGUAAAGGAAUGGGAUGUGUGGCGAAGCGCGAUCUUGCGCCAGGAGAGUUGAUUCUCGAGGAGCGACCAAUUUUGUAUUCCUCUCGACGCGAUGUAGCCGUCAUGGCUAUGGAAACACGCACCAAGGUUGACUCAGUAGACGUGAUGGUCCGAAAUUUCGAAAAAAAUCUUCCAGCACAGGCCAGAAACGCCAUUCUCACACUAGCAAAGCAGGAAGAAGGUAUUCUUAUUCAUUGAAAUUUAGAUUCUUUUAGAUCCUUCGGCUUCGUGAUGGUAAUACAUAGUACUGCGUGUGCGUUUUACAACUUCUAUGUUGAUGUGACUAUCAUCAACAAUAGUAAUGUGACAGUGAUAUGAUUGAGAAUUUUGAAUGCUGAAGAUCCAGGUCGUCACUUUUCGAACAACACCUCUAGGUGAAUCCCGCAUUCGCGAUGUGAUUUUGACGAAUACACUUGGGGCCGGCGAAAACCGUGUACGAUUGCUGCUGACCUUGAGUCGCUUGAACCACAGCUGUGCUCCUAACUGUGCUCUAGAAGAACUGGAUGACGCUUUCUUCCCAGAUGGUUUCGAGAGUUCAGUAGAACACAAGAACGUAUCAUCUUCUCAGUCGAAACAAGAUCCGUUUAUGAACCACAAGAGUGGAAAGUUUAGAAGCCUUCAAAAAGAUGGAGGUGAAGAUAGAAAUCCGCAGGGACGAACGUCAGAGGAGCCGGGUGUGACGAUGUCCGGUUACUAUGCUUUCAAUCGUGUGAGGACCACGCGCUAUGUGCGCAAGGGAGAGGAGCUCUGCUUCCCGUACAUUCCUCUCUUCGAUAGCGUAGAUCAGCGUCGCAAGCGCUUGCAAGACACGUGGGGAUUCUUCUGUACGUGCAGCGGCUGUGUCGACGAAGAGAAGGCGAGACAUGAGGAAAGCGAAGCGGCACUAAGAAGAGAAGAGGAAUCGCAAGAACGAGAUGUUGAAAAAUCUACAUCAUCUGCAACUAGUACGACCUGUACUUCUACUACUUCUACUAAAGGAGAAAAUAAUGAACAUCAAGAAGAUGAGGAUGCUCCUGCGUCGAACAAAAAGGAAAACGCGACAGAUGCUUCUGGCGUCAUGAAAAUCGUUGGUGAUAUGAAAGAGAUCGCUGAGGAACGGAGACGGAAGACUACCAUGGAAUCCCCUUCGUCCGCAGUGGAAGCGACUUCUGAGUCGACCUUGACACCGAUUGAAAAAUUUGAGCAGUACUUGGAGAAGGUCACUGCCGCAGAGCUUCUGGUGCGUGCUGGUACCACAGACUUGCUUUGUGAUUGCCGUGGUCGUCUGUCGCGCUGGUCGAGCAACCUGCCUCCAGCGUUUUCAGCGCCAGUGCGAAGCGGGUUCUGUCCCGAAUACUCCUGCAUUCUCACUUUCCUCAUGAAAGUGCAAGCAGCGUCCCACAGUGUCAAUAUCAGCAUGCUGGCCAAGGGCGACGGCUCACAGGGAGUCCGGUCUUCGUUUGCGGAGGAACAGGAGCGCGCAACCCAGAACACGUUGACUCAGCAGCUGUUGCACAGUGUGGUCGCCAUCGAGCAUAUGGAAUUUUUGCAGCAUGCGCCGUGGAACAUGCGAUUUAAAUUGUGGCAGUCUAUCUUCAUGGGUAUGCUGCAUGUCCUCGUUCUAGAUUGCGACCCGAGCACAGCUGCUGGAGGCCAAUCUUUUGAAGCGAUCGGGUUGCUGGUCCGAAUGCGAGCCCCGGAAAUCCUCGUCGCACUCAAGAACGCUUAUCUAGCUGCCCUUUUUGCCUAUGGUCCCUACUCAAAACCGGUGGAGGAAUGUCAGAAAUUUUCUCGCAUCUGCAAUUUGCACUUAGAAAACGACAGUGUCUCGGAAGCACUGAACGCCCUGGCGCACAUUCAAGAGCUCGAAUAAGUGCGACUGACCGAAAAUAAACUGCUUUUGCUUCUAGUAGUAGGGUCCAUAGUCAGGCUCAACAAGGCUCAACAUGCUGUUAGGUAUAUUUGAAGCAAGUUCAUAAUGGGAAAAGUAUCAAAGCAGAAUAAGGCAUGAUAAACGCGGAGCAGUCGAAGUAAUAUUUGGUCACGGUCAACAUCAACUUCAUCAUUCACGGCGUUUCCACCAAAAUGGACCGGUGUAGGAGUUGCCUGGCUAGGUAUCUGCAACUCAUAGGAUACUUGCUUAGAAGAAUUGCAAUAUGAUUCUUAGAAGAUGUUGAUGAGGAGGAGCUAAUUAUAGAUACAACCUACGCAACAUACGCAUACGCAAUCGGAAAUCUGAGGUGACCAUUGAUAUCUCUCAACUCUCGUCUAAAAUUCCAAAAAGAGGUGCAUGGCAUGAUUGAUACGCCUGUUGUUGCAAACAACAGCCACAACGAUGUUGCAGUCCUCCCAUUUUUUUUACCCGAUUAUCGAUAUUUCUCACAUGAUUGUCCAAGUCCUGGACACACGAAUACAUUGCAAUUGUUGCAGUCUUUCGCUGUCCGGUGUCCUCUGCCUG